UGUCACUGACUGCAUCAGGCUGCCUAAAGAAGCAUCAAGAGGAGAAGACUGCAUAGCAACUGUGAACUAGGAUUUUCAAUUGGUGCAUAAAUCGAAGAGGGUGCGGCUUUACUACAUUGAGUAAAAUAUAUAUUUUACUUUCAGUUUCAUUUCUUCGUUUGCGACUGUUGGUUUGGUCCAGUUUCAUAUAUUUUUCAGCAUUGGAAAGACUUGGAAAAAGAAAUCAUGAAAACGGUUUUGUCCGUAGUUGCUUUCUGCGUCGUGUUGGUGACCAUAAACGCAAAAGAAUCUCCCCCCAAGGUGCAGGUGUACAGCCGUAACCCAGGGGAACAUGGGAAGGACAACACCCUGAUCUGUCACGUGAGUGGCUUCCACCCCCCUGACAUCAGCAUCCAGCUCCUGAAGAACGGUGUGGAGAUCCCAGACGCCAAGCAGACAGACCUGGCCUUCGAACAGGGAUGGCAGUUCCACCUCACCAAGAGUGUUGGAUUCACACCAGACAGCGGAGAGGAGUACACCUGCAGAGUCCGCCACCUGAAGAAUCUGAAGACCUACACCUGGGAACCAGAUAUGUAAGGCUUCGGUGCUCAUCGCUGCAGAAUACACCAGCCUCCGAGAAUCUCCACUCCAGAUGCUGUGGAUAUUCCUGGGAAUCAUCUUCACAACACUAUCCUAUCAAAACUAAUCUUCACAACACUAUCCUAUCAAAACUCAUCUCCACAACACUGUCCUGUCAAAACUAAUCUUCACAACACUGUCCUGUCAAAACACUGCAGGUGAAAUCUGUAAUGACUCUCUGCACAUUGUGACUUAUCAUUGACAUUGAACUUAAAUUGUAUUGUAUUUGAACAGGGCUUGAUUUGUGUGGUAUUUGAUGUGUGUAAGUAAUGAAGCUCGUAUCUGUGUGAUUGUAAAUCUGCACCAGAGGAAAACACCCUAAUUGCAGCCAGGCUUGUCAUGUCAACCUAUACAGUAGAACCUGGGUUAUGUAAUGUGUCAAUCUAUACAGUAGGACCUGGGUUAUGUAAUGUGUCUAUACAGUAGGACCUGGGUUAUGUAAUGUGUCAACCUAUACAGUAGGACCUGGGUUAUGUAAUGUGUCUAUACAGUAGGACCUGGGCUAUGUGGGCUUAUCUCUUAGCUAUGAUCUGGAAAUAAGUACAACUGAUCAACAAUCAAGAUGUGAUUGAUGAGAAGAAAUGUAGAACUUUAAUCUGUUUUUAAAUAGUGUAGAUUAUAAAGUGCUUUCUCUUUGGUUUUUAAAAUCACAUCACCAAAAUAAAUAAAGUCUGACUUGAUUGCCUUUGAA